CCAUUUCUUCGUCUCUCUGUCUCGAAUCCCUUUCCUUCUCCGCCAAACCUUCCCAAACGAAACCCUUCUCACCAUCUCUCUCUCUCUCUCGCUCUCCCCCUCCGAUGGCAACCUAUAUACUUCUCCCAUUGCAGCCCAUCUUGCUCCAUCGCCUUCCCUUCUCUCCUUCUCCUUCUCCGAUUCUCGAUCCAAGCUCCAAUGGCUUCCGUCGAGCGCUUCAAGUAUUCAAAUCGAGUCGUUAUCAAAUCCAUCCUUGGCCGGCCGGACGGCGGCCGUGGACUAGCUGGAGAGCGGGUUGUGGUCGGCGGAUGGGUUAAGUUGUUCAAGGAGAAGCCGAAGAAGGAUGCUUCUCAGGCGCCGCCGCCGGCAUCGGCGCCGGCAGUGGUAUCGGUCGCGCAUGAUUUGACGUGCUCUGAAGUCCUUAUGUCGCGAAUGCCCCUCCUUCGUAACCUGGCGCGGAUUUUCGGGAAGGGAGUCUCGUCGAUGCCUCCUCCGCCCCCGCCGCCGAAGCAGCUCGAGAUCGCAGAUAAAACGCCAGUGGAGCCUGUGCCUACUGUUGCGUUUUUGCUCGUCAAUGACGGUUCUUGUGUUGCUAAUCUUCAGGUAGUAGUCGACUCCAACAUGGUCCUCCUUGUCCAAGUCAUGGCUAUCGGAGUUUCCAUUUUAGUAGAAGGAGUGCUUGAGCAGCAAUCAGAACCAGGAAAACACAUUGUGGAGCUUAAAGCUGAGAAAAUAUUACAUGUUGGUGUUGUGGACUCUAAGAAUUAUCCACUUGCCAAGGCAAAGAUAUCUUUAGAGUCUAUCAGACCUUCUCCUCACCUUCGAGUGCGCACAACUACAGUAGCAUCCAUCACUCGCAUGCGUAGUGAUGUAUCUCACGCUACUCAUAGGUUCUUUCAGAACAUGGGAUUUAUUUAUGUACACAUGCCUAUCAUUACAACUACCGGUUUCAAAGAUCACAGCAGGAUGUUCCAAGUUACGACUCUCUUCAAGAGAACAGAUGACAAGGGAGAAUUAAGCACUGUUAGUGAUCGGGAAAAUAUCAGCCUUGAGGUUGUGAAAGGUGCAAUUAGGGAGAAAAGCAAGAGAGUCGAUGAGCUAAAAAGAAGUGAUAGCAACAAAGAAGUUCUGCUUGCUGCACUUGGAGAUCUUCAGAAGGCAAAUGAGCUAGCGUUACAGCUUGAAGAGCAGUGGAGAUCAGCAUAUGCUGCAAAAAUGGACUUCACUAAAGAUUUUUUUUCCUGUGAAGCUUACCUAUCAGUGUCUACCAGGCUUCACCUUGAAAGUUAUGCUUGUGGUCUCAGUAGUGUGUAUACAGUGGGGCCGGUGUUUCAAGCAAAUGAUUCUCCAUCAAAGAAGCAAUUGGCAGAAAUGUGGAUGGUGGAGGUCGAAUUGGCCUUUGCAGAAUUAGAGGAUAUAAUGAAUUGUGCAGAAGAAUUUCUGAAGUUCCUUUGUCAAUCAAUUUUGGAUGACUGUCUUGAUGAUCUAAAAUUUCUGUCCAAAAAAGUAGACAAGAGCUGUAUCACACGACUUCAGUCUUUAGUAACAAGUGCUUUUGCUAGAAUUUCUUAUACAGAGGCUCUCGAACAUCUGGAAAAGGCCACAGAUAAAACAUUCAAAACGAAAGUUGAGUGGGGCAUCAAUUUAUCGGAUGAGCAUGAAAGGUUUUUGGUGGAUGAGAUUUACAAACAACCAAUCAUUGUUUAUGACUAUCCCAAAGAAUUGAAGCCGUUCUAUGUGCAUGUAAAAGAUGAUGGAAAAACAGUUUCGGCUUUUGAUAUCAUUGCGCCCAAGGGUGGUGUAUUGGUCAGAGGAAGCCGAAAGGAGGAACGCUUGGAUAUUAUCUCAUCGAGGAUCCAAGAGCUCGGUAUUCCGAAAGAGCAGUAUGACUGGUAUCUUGAUCUCCGAAGACAUGGCACAGUGAAGCACUCUGGCUUCAGCCUAGCCAUUGAGGGCCUGAUUAUGUUUGCAGUUGGACUUGAAGACAUCAAAGAUGCAAUACCAUUUCCAAGAACUUGUGGAUAUAUCAAUGCUUAAGUCUUCAUUCUCUCUUUCACUUGCAAUAAAGACAUCCAUAAUGUACUACUGCUGGAUGGUUGUGUAUAAAUAACUAACCAAAAGCCAUCUCAUUACUUGUAAUUUCCAUUAUUGUCAAUAAACAAGUUAAUUGUCAA